GCCAGUAGCCGAGCUGUCGACCUUGUGGGACAAGCACCGGGCGCCGGCCGCGGCCGUCCGUAGGAUGGGAACAGGUGAUCGUCUCCUGGACAUCCCCUGUAACGUUUGCGGCGACAGAAGCUCUGGCAAGCACUAUGGAAUCUACAGCUGUGAUGGUUGUUCCGGCUUCUUCAAGCGAUCGAUCCACAGGAACAGAGUGUACACGUGUAAGGCGGGCGGGGAGAUGAAAGGCCGGUGUCCUGUGGACAAGACCCACAGGAACCAGUGCCGCGCCUGCCGGCUCGCCAAGUGCUUUCAGGCCAAUAUGAACAAAGACGCAGUCCAGCACGAGCGCGGGCCGCGCAAGCCGAAGCUGCACGUGGGCGCUCUGGCGCUGCCGCCGCCGAUGGCGCACGCACACAAACCGCACGCGCUGAAGCUGUCCCCUCCCUCGCCGUACGCACCGCUGCCGCAGACCUUCAACUUCCAAUUUAGCAUGAGCAGCAGCAUGAGUGAGCAAGCGCCGCUAAGCGCGACAUCGUCAGCAGGUUCAAGCGGCGCCGGCGGAGCGGGCGCCGUCAGCCCGCUGCCACUGGUUCCUGAGCCGUUCCUGCCGCCGCCACCACUGUUACACAUGCUCAUGUCCAGCGACAAAUGUCAGGAACUGAUGUGGAGCGCUAAGCAGCUGCAACUCCAAGGCGACCCCUCACUCCUUCGGCCUCCGCCGAGUGCCUUCGGAGCUCCGCUGGCGCCUACAUGGGAACUUUUACAAGAGACGAGCGCUCGCCUGCUAUUCAUGGCAGUGCGCUGGGUGCGGUGCCUGGCGCCGUUCCAAGCGCUGACGCCAGCAGACCAGCUGGUGUUGCUACGCGCCGCGUGGAAGGACCUGUUUCUACUGCACCUGGCUCAGUGGUCCGCGCCGUGGGACCUAGCGCCGCUGCUGGCCGCGCCGGCGGCUCGCGCGCGGCUACCGCCCGACCCGCUGGCCGAUCUCGAGCUUAACACACUGCAGGAAAUACUAUGCCGCUUUCGGCAGAUAGCGCCCGACGGUAGCGAGUGCGGCUGCAUGAAAGCAAUCGUGUUAUUUUCACCAGAUACUCCCGGCUUGAGUGAGACGCAACCAGUAGAAAUGUUGCAAGACCAGGCACAAUGUAUCCUCGCCGACUACGUACGCACGAGAUACACAAGGCAACCAACGAGAUUCGGGCGCCUACUACUGCUGUUGCCAUCGCUGCGGGCGGUGCGCGCGCGCUCCAUCGAGCUGCUGCUCUUCCGAGACACCGUGGGGGACGUCUCCGUCGCCACCUUGCUCCAUGACAUGUACCGGAUGCAGCCUGCACCAGCACCGGCCUUUGGACCACCGCACCCUCCCCCUACCGACCAUUGCGCCUCUCCUUAGUUUCGAAGAUAGCAAACUGAUUUUCUUCGGUCAGUGCCAGACGUUGCUACGUCGUAGGCUUGUAUUUAGGAUAAAUUGUAACGUGCAACAUAAUUAUAUGGAUCUACUUACCGUCAUCGGAGACUCAUGAGGGCGUCCGCAACCUCGAUCGUGUGUGCGGACCGGGCGUGCAAGUCAAAGAGUAGAUCGCGCGUAAGGCGGAUUUUAACAUAAGUCCAAUUUUGUGAACGCCCUAAGUUAUGAAAAACUUGGAUGUUUUUACAAGCGUCCGUUUCUAAUUUAACCAUUUUUUACAGAUAAGAAUGACUACCUGUGUAAUUUAACCUCAAAGUCAUAUCAUAACAAUAAGAAAUUAUGAAAUUAGAAUAGACCCAGCUCGCAAUAAAAAUAAUGCGCAACAUUCUCCGCGAUUUAUAUCAUAUCAAUAUCAGUGUUUGAAAAUCUGAAUUCCUUUGUAGUUACAUAUACCUACGGAGGAUUGUUCAUUCGUUGUAGAAAUUAGUUAUAAAAAAUCGUUUUGGUGUAAAAUAGCGUGAAAAAAAUCUGCCAACUAUUCAAUCAAGUAUACCUAUUGUAUAUAGAUCGGUUUCUUAAUGAUGUUUGUUAUGAAAUUUUGAGAUUAUUACUAUUAGAAAAUUUUGCAUAGUAACAUACUAUAACAAAGCACGAAGUUCAGUUAUUAAAAUAGAAACGACUGUUUAGGUACAUUAAACACGUUUAGUUGCCUCUACUUAUAAAGUAACAUCUAGAGGUGCCUAUUAUAAUUAUUAAAUAAUGUGUCAAACAUAUCAUAUAAUCUUUAUCCCCAAGUUUUUGCAAUGCAUUUAAUAGUCAUUUGUCUAGUUAAAAGGUCUUCUAGUCGAUGUAUUUCUAGUCAAAGAACUACAAAGGUAUGUUAAUCUUAAUAGUGUUAUGUACAUAUAUAAGAUUCUAGGUUUAAACAUAGUCAUAUAACUAUUCCAUGGAUAACCUUUAAAGAUACUCAGUGUACAUAAAAGUUUAGCAUAAAAUGUACAUAAAUUAUUCAAACUUUGAAGUUUUAUUUAUUUAAAUAGAUUCCUUAUUAUUAUAACACUGAC